CGUGCGGCUCUUGUGUCGUUCCUGAGGUAACCUGCUACAUUACCGCUCGUGUGAUGAGGAGUCGUGACAGCGGAGGCGGGCGGCGUCGAGCGGCCAUGCAGUCUCCUCACAGACGCAUCUAGACUGGCUCCCUGGCCUGCGCGAAGUUCCUGGGGGAGGGGAUCGAGGCGAAGAAAAGAAAAUAGCGCAAGGAAGAAGUUGAAGACAAAGAGGAAGCAGUCAAAGGAAGAAGUUCUGCCUGAGAGACUCGUGGAACACGUGGAGCGUUAUGGAUAAAAGAGUUUAUUUUAACGCCUGAAAAUUCAACGCUUGACAGUCAGAUCAGCAAGAGUUCAGUCAGAUGUAAGAUGUGACAGAAUGAAAGAUAAACUGUGCAAAGAUUAAAUAACACGUGAAAGUGGGUUAGUCGUGUUUUGCCAGGGAUCUUAAAAAAAAAAAAAAAUUACCGGAACAUUAUGGAAAAUCCGAGGACAGCGAGUUCACAGAGGAGUUGGAAGUUCGUGAGGGACUCUCUGCUGCUUUGCUUCUUUGCCGGCCGUGGAGAUGCUCAGUGCGACAGCUGUAUUGAGUACUGCUGUGAUGGGGUUCCUCCUUUCUGCUGCUCUUACUAUGCGUAUGUGGGAGACGUGCUCUCGGGAACGGCCAUCUCAGGGAUCGUGUUUGGUGUGGUGUUUUUGAUGGGCGCAGUGGCCGCCAUCUUUCUGUGCAUCUGUAUGUGUGUGAAGAACGGGCGUGGGGCGAGAGUGGGCGUCUUCGGCUCAUCAUAUAUCAACACUGUGACUCAGGGUUACCCAGGUCCUCCACCUCCUUAUAGCUAUGAUUAUGAGAUGUAUCCUCCUGAUCGACGGCCGCCUCCAUACACACCAACUCCAUCCAGAGGGGCAAACUACUCUCCACCUCCACCUUAUCCAGGCUACAGCCGCAAAUGAGCCUCCUAAUGUGCCUGAUUCUGAGAGGAUGAGUGCUGCACUCUGACAUGCACACAAUGAAGACCAGUGCUCUGUCAAUAAAGCAGGGAUUUCCACUCACUGGAGCAGCCGCAAAGAUGGUUCUUACAUGGGAUUUGACUGUUUUCCUUCAUGGCAUGGACAUUUAUGGUCUCACAAAUCUAAAGAACACUAAUAAACGUUAUGAGGCAACAGGAGACCAGGACAGGCCUAAAAACUAAGAUCAAAAAUUUGAUUUGGUAAAUGUGUUUUCUUGUGAUGCGGUUUGUUCAAAAUCAGUGUUAUUUCAUUAAAUGUCUAAUUAAGAUACAGUGAAAUGAACUGUUAAUAUGGGAGUAGACUUCAUAUUGUUGUACAGAGUAACAUUAUAUUCUUAUACCUACAAUGUGUCUUGAUUACUGUUGGAUUAAUUAUAUAGGAAAUAAUUUUCUAAAUGUAUUUAUUAAUAGAAAAUUGAAAGAGCAACUUGUUUUUGCAGUUGGCUACUAUUAUGAAAACAUACCAGGUGUUGUUAACUUCUCAGAAAACCACUAAUUGUGUCCAAACAGCAAAGCAGUAACUCUUUUUUUUUUUUUUUUGUCUAUUUUUACCUUUCAUAAUAAACUAAAGGCUGCAUGAUUGUUCUUUGAAA